AUGGACGAGAGAUUCGCGGAUCCUCCUACUCCUACUCUGGAACAAGGAAGAAUCUUUCAAACCCCGAAUACCACUACUGGCACGACUAGUCGCCCUGACCCUUCAGGCCCUGUACAUUCAGCUCCUAUCAUGAGUGGGCCCGGAUGGCCUGUUGAUGAGGACAGUGAAGGUGGCAAAUACCGCAACCUCUUGUCGAAGCUUGAAAAUCUGGAGGCUGGGAAUCGUCUCAUUCUGGACGACUUCGCCAGGCUGAACAACCAGUUUUCCAAGAUAACCGAGAUGCUCUGCAAGUCACACGGUACCAAACCCCCCUUCAUUGAAAGCCCCAAAGCGAGCUUCUCAAAGAGCCUGAAUACGCCGAAACUGCCUAAUACCGAGUUCGAGAAGCCAAAGGAGGAGGGCUCGCCUCACACGAUCAUCAUCCCACGAACGACCAAAGUUGCUCGCGUCGAGAUCGAAUUCGAGUCUCCAGAAAAGACACUCAAAGAGCAUAACCCCAAUGAUCGUGGUCACAAAGAGCGUGGCCCUGGAAUACCGGUCAAAAGCACUGUACCCUCCAUCUCUUUUGAGGAAUUCGAGGAAGGUAGACAGGGACAAAAUGAAGAGGGCGAGAGAGGGGGCGAGAGAGGGGGCGAGGUCGACGCAGUCAAGAUGUUUGUCCAGCAGCUGGCGGACGAUGAUGACCUCUUCGCCUGCUUCAUCCGAUAUCUAACGAACCCAAAAGCCACCAAUCGGCAGAUUGCCACCAAGCGAGACAAAACUGUCCAUAACCUGGCACACGGGUUCCUACGCGCUGCUACCAGCCCUAAAGAAAUGGCAACCAUCUCUUGCCCUGAGUCUUCUGAUAUCCGUGCAACUAUGCGUAAGAUGAGCAACAGCACGCGUAUCGAGUUGUAUAUUGCACUCAGUCAACGGUACAUCAAGGAGUAUGGGGACGAAAUUUAG